AUGUCCUCACAAUUAUCUGCUCGGGAACUGCUUGAAUUAGGGGACGAAGGGAGAACAAAAACCGUACUAUCUAAAUUCUGGCCACAAAUACUUGGUACCUUUUUUGGAAUAGGUUCCGCAUCAUUCAUUAACUUCCAAACUCGACGUCCCAUUUUUAGUGGAAUUCAAAAACACAUUCUCCUAACGGCUGGACUAGUGACUGCUUUCACAUAUAUGCAGAAGCAUAGAGACAAUUACUUUGCAGAAAAAGAUGCAGUACUAAGACAUUAUCUUGAGUUACAUCCUGAAGAGUUUGAAGAACCUCCUCGCAAGAAGAUUGCCGAUAUCUUUGAGCCAUGGGUCCCAGUGCGUUAAAAGUAUGUUUUUGUUAUUUAGAUCGAUAAUAAUUAGAUAAUUAUGUGAAUAAAACAAAAUAUUUCAUUUAAUAAAUAUUUAUUCCUGUUUCAUACAGUUGCCAGAGCCUGAGUUUUAGGCUUGUUAUGUACUUUUUGGCCAUGCAAUAAAUAGAUUAAAAAUAAUA